GAGAGAAGAAUGCUAGCAUGUCUUUCCCCCCUGCUAGCCCCUAAAAUAUCUUCCAUACAGUUCACAAGGUUUAAUUUUAGACUCCACAUGAGGCAGGAGGUUUGUAGCUGUGGCUCAAAGUCAGAGGCUCCCUACUUUGCUCUGUCCUGAGUCAUAGACUGGACAGAAGUUAUCCUUCCUACAAUAUUUUGAAGAAGAAAGACGCAAAAUAGCACAGCGCAAACAUGUCAGACAAUGGAGACAUUGAGGAUCUCAAUGAGGAGGAAAUUGAUGAGGAUGAAAUCCUUGCAAUGCUUUCACCCGAGGAGCUUCAGGAGCUCCAGAGUGAGAUGGAUAUUAUGAUUGCCCCAGAUGAGAGAGUACCAGUCGGACAAAGACAGAAGGACCAGACAGAGAAGCCUCCAACAGGGACGUUUGACCAUAGAUCCCUGGUUGAUUACCUCUACUGGGAGAAAGAAUCCAAACGAAUGCAUGAAGAGGAAAGAGUCCCUGCUACUUUGCUACCAAGUGAGAAAACGUUGAGGGAGGAAGCUGAAAGCAAAGAAAAAGAACAAAAUACAGAAGAUGGGGAAUAUGAAGUGAUAGAAGAAGUUAUUGAGGAAGAAGCCACAGAUGGUGCAGAUGGAGAGGAGAUCAUAGAAGAGAUCAUCGAGGAAAUUGUUGAAGAGGUUGAGGAGGCUGAGGAGAGUGAUGAACGGGAGGAAAGGCGAGAUGAGAAAGACGAAAAAUCUCCUGAUGAACAUGAAAAUACAGACAAACAAGUCGAUCCUCCAGUCAGCAACACAGAAAAAGUACAAGAAAACAAAACAGAUGACUAUCAGUCUUGUUCGGACUCAAAGGAGAAGACUGAGAGCUUGGUUACAGAACUUAGCACACCACAGGUUGAAGAGGGAGCGAAAAGUAAAACUCCGGACUCUUUGCCUCCCAAUGAGGCUGAAGAUCCGCCAGAGGUAAAAGAAACUAUUGAUAAGCUCCCGCAGAAGGAAGAGAGGAAAAUUAACAAAUUAAACAUCCCAAAGUUGGCCUUUAACAACAUAAAAAUGACUUCAAGACCAUCAGGAAAUGAGACAAACCUGGACUCUACACUUGACAGAAUCCGCAAAAACAACCCCUCUGUCACCGAGGUAAACCUCAACAACAUUGAGAACAUUCCCAAAGAAAUGCUCUUGGACUAUGUCAAUGGCUUGAAGAAGAACAAGCAUGUAAAAACUUUCAGUAUCGCCAACACGGGUGUUGAUGAAAACAUCGCUUUCAACCUGGCCAACAUGUUGCGAGAGAACCGCAGCAUUACCACUUUGAAUAUCGAGUCCAACUUUAUCACUGGAAAGGGAAUAGUCGCAAUCAUCCGUUGCCUCCAAUUCAACGAGACUCUGACGGAGCUGCGAUUCCACAACCAGAGGCACAUGCUGGGCCACCACUCAGAGAUGGAGAUCUCACGUCUGCUCAAAGCCAACAACACACUCCUGAAGAUGGGCUACCACUUUGAGCUGCCAGGGCCCAGGAUGGUGGUGACCAACAUUUUGACCAGGAACCUUGACCGUCAGAGGCAGGUGAGGAAGGAGGAGCAGAGGCAGCAGCAGGUGAAGGAGCAGAGGGAGAUGAUGCAAAUGUAUGAGAACAGUCUAAACCUGCCGCCUGGUUUGCUUGAGAUGCUUGGGUACAUACCAUCCCUGGAGCUCCUGCAGCAGAAUGGGUUCAUUCCACCCUCAUCAGAUCUGAGCGCCGUACCUCAAACACAGAACCAGACCCAUCAGCCAGAGUCUCAGAAGGAGCCCAAGCACAAAAGCACGCCUGAACCACAAAGGGUCGAACCAUCAAACUCGUUAAGAGACGUCCAGCUGAAGAGGACUCCUAAGAAACGGGACCCUUUUCUGGACCUGGACCCGAGGGAUAACUCGAGACCAGAGAGGGCAAGUUUCCAAUUGAGGAAGACUCCCAAAGUGAAAGAUACUGGCAGCGAAGGGGUAACGGAUGAAAGAGCAAACCUGACGGACGUCAUUAAAACUUUGAAGCCUGUCCCACGCAGACGAUUGGCACCGAAAGUCGACCUCACACCUCGUGAUCAGCUCCUAACUGAGAUCAAGAAGAGCAGUGUGGCCUAUCUCAAAUCUGUGCCGCUCCCUAAGGUCCUGGAAUCAAGUGAAACCAGUCUCCUGUAAGGCGCCAACUUCAGCUGUUCAUUUUAUUCACUAUACUGUUUGUUUUUAUUAUACACAUUUGGUAUUAGUCAUGCUACAUUUAUUCAAAUGAACUAUACUAAUAAGAGUGAACUCUAGUUUCAUAACAAAUUAGAGAUAUUGGCUGGUUGUUCUUCCACUUGUUUUGAUCCUCAUUAAUGAUGUGUAAAAAUAAAAGCAUACUCAAGACCAGA